GCGGCCCUGGGGCGGGCGGUGCUGCCGGCCGCGCCAUCGCGGGGAGUGCUGGCCCGAGAUGGCGGCGGCGGGAGGCGGGUAGCGGGGGGCGCGCUCGGCCCGGCCAUGCACUUCUCCAUUCCCGAGACCGAGACCCGCGCCGGAGACGGCGGCGCCGCCGCCUACGUGGCCUACAACAUCCACGUGAACGGGGUGCUGCACUGCCGGGUGCGCUACAGCCAGCUCCUGGGCCUGCAUGAGCAGUUAAGGAAGGAGUAUGGUGCCAACGUGGUCCCAGCCUUUCCCCCAAAGAAGAUCUUCACGCUUACCCCAGCAGAGGUAGAGCAGCGCCGGGAGCAGCUGGAGAAAUACAUGCAGGCUGUGCGGCAGGACCCGACGCUGGGCGGCAGUGAGACCUUCAACAGCUUCCUGCGCAAGGCCCAGCAGGAGACGCAGCAGAUCCCCACAGAGGAGGUGGUGCUGGAGGUGCUGCUCUCCAACGGGCAGAAGGUCAAGGUCACCAUCCUGACGUCGGACCAGACAGAGGAUGUCCUCGAGGCUGUGGCCUCCAAGCUGGAUCUGCCAGAUGACCUGGUUGGCUACUUCAGCCUCUUCCUAGUGAGAGAGACCAAGGAUGGAGCUUUCUCCUUUGUGAGGAAGCUGCAGGAGUUUGAGCUGCCCUACGUGUCAGUGACCAGCCUGCACAACCCCGAGUUCCAGAUCAUCCUACGCAAGAGCUACUGGGACUCGGCCUAUGACGACGAUGUGAUGGAGCACCGUGUGGGGUUGAACUUGCUGUAUGCACAGACGGUGUCAGACAUCGAACACGGGUGGAUCCUUGUCAACAAGGAGCAGCACCGGCAGCUGAAGUCCCUGCAAGAGAAGGUCUCCAAGAAGGAGUUCAUCCGCCUGGCGCAGACCCUCAAGUACUACGGCUAUCUCAAGUUCGACCCCUGUGUCACUGAUUUCCCCGAGAAGGGCUGCCACGUCGUCGUCAGCGCCGGCAACAACGAGCUCAACUUCCAGGUGCGGCUGCCCAACGAGCAGAUCAAGGAGGGCAGCUUCAAGGUCACACGCAUGCGGUGCUGGCGGGUCACAUCCUCGGUGCCCAUGAACAAUGGCCCUUCGGGGAGCAGCCCAGGGAAGUCCGAGGUGAAACUGGAGUUGGCUUUUGAGUACCUGAUGAGCAAGGACCGGCUGCAGUGGGUCACCAUCACCAGCCCACAGGCCAUCAUGCUGAGCAUCUGCUUGCAGUCCAUGGUCGAUGAGCUGAUGGUGAAAAAAUCUGGAGGCAGCAUCCGCAAGAUGUUCCGGCGGCGGGUGAACGGGGCCCUGCGGCGCUCGGACAGCCAGCAAGCUGUGAAGUCACCCCCGCUGCUGGACUCACCUGAUGCCUCCUGGGAGCCUAUGGCCAAACUCUCGAGCAAGCUCACUUCUGUCAGCCUGCGUGGGAUCAGCCACUCCAGCUCUGCUAAUGACGUGGGCGCUAACGACUUCCACGGCAAUUACGCCUUUGAGGGCAUUGGCGAUGAGGAUCUGUAGUGCCCCCUCCCCAGGACAGCCCCGGCCUGAGCGAGGGCCUUCGCUGAGGAAUGUACGACCUGCAGCCAGGUUGCAAUCAACGUGCCUCUCACCUGCUACAUCCACCUUUCCCUGCUCCCCGGGGCUGGGAGCUCCCCCCCAGCCCGCCACUGCCUUCGGGGUGGGGGCAGCUGAACUCCUCCCGCUGCUGGCUCCAGCUGGGAGAGGGCUCGUUUGACCUGAACAGUUGGCCCGGGCAGAGCCCUGGAGCUGCAGUGCAGGGCCUGGCCCAGCCUGGGGGCAGAGCUGCUCCUGGCCCAGCUGGGAAGGCCUGGCCCAGCCUGGGGGCAGAGCCAGGCAGGCUCCAUAAUGCCAAAUUAGCAUUUAGGUUUGUGCUCCGAGACAGAGUGCAGUAAGCUGUCUCGGGGGCUCCGCGAAGAGUCCCCUCUAACCCGCUCAUAGACGCCAGCAUAAUCUAGGCUUGUAACCACGUAUCUCCUGCUGCUCAGCCCGACAGAGCAUUAAUGGACAGUAACUGAUGUUUACACACUGCAACAAUGAUUAAAACGGAUCCUGAUUGGUACCA